AUGCUUUGUGCAGAGAAUACUAGAAAAUUGAAUGACGACGGUACUAUUACAUUGUUCAAUCGUUAUGAUGUUGGCCGUCAGUUGGGUAAAGGAACAUAUGGUGUUGUACGAAAAGCAUACGAUUCUGUUGAGCAACGUUAUGUAGCCAUUAAAUGCAUUAAUUUAAACAAUGAAGGUGUACCAAGUACAGCAUUACGUGAAAUAAGUUUAUUACGCGAAUUAAAACAUGUCAAUAUUAUUGAAUUAUAUGCCAUUGAAGUUGAAAAACAAACACAAGAAUUAUAUAUGAUUUAUGAAUAUAUGGAAAUGGAUUUAUAUGAUUACAUGAAAAGAUAUUGUCAACAAUUACCUGAAAAUGUAUCAAAGAGUUAUUUAAAGCAGUUAUUAAAUGGUAUUAACUACUGUCAUAAUAACAGAAUACUACAUCGAGAUCUAAAACCACAAAAUAUCUUAAUCGAUUGGAAUGGAUAUUUAAAAUUAGCAGAUUUCGGUUUAGGAAGACAAUUUCAAUUACCAAUGAGAAUGUAUACCCACGAGGUAAUUACACUUUGGUACAGACCACCUGAGAUUUUAUUGGGUGCGCGAAAAUAUUCGACAAGUGUUGACUUAUGGUCAAUUGGAUGUAUCUAUGCUGAAAUAACUCAUAAUCGUCCUCUAUUUCCUGGUGAAUGUGAAAUUGAUCAAUUAUUUCGAAUAUUUCGCACACUUGGCACACCCGAUGAUAAAAUAUGGCCAGGUUUCUCUAAAUUACCCGAUCAUAAAAAUGCAUUUCCAAAAUGGACACCACAAAAUAUGAAAUGUGUAUUAAAAGAAGUGAACGAUGAUGCACUUGAUUUACUAAUGCAAAUGUUAAUCUAUGAUCCAGAAAAACGUAUACCAGCACACAAAGCUUUAGAACAUAUUUAUUUACAAAAUACACAAUUAAUUGAACCACCGAAACCAGAAGAAUGUGAGACAGUUGAUAACGACACAAAAAUUCAAAUUAUAGAUGAUUUUUUUUAA